AUGGACAUGCACGUCCGCUCAACGCGGCGACCGAACCCAAAAUGUCCGCCUCCACUUCAGCGCCUCGCCUGCUCUCUACCGCGCGCUCGCACCCUGCCGCAGCCCGCCGCGCCCGCUCGCCGCGCCGGCCCGCCGCUGCCGCCUGCUGUCGCCGGCCCACCGCUGCCGCCUGCCCCGCCGGCCGCUACGCGCGCCCGUCGCGCCUGCCGCCGCGCGCGCCCGUCGCGCCCGGCGCCACGCUCGCCCCAGCCGGCCGCUGGGCGCGCCCAUCGCGCCUGCCGCCGCGCGCACCUCGUCGCCCGCGCUCCCCCGCCUGCCGUCGUGCGCAUCCGCCGCCCCGCCCCGGCCCCGCCCCGCCUCGCCUCGCCACGCCCGCCCGCCCGCCCUCACCUCGCCUGCUCGCCCGCCUGCAGCCGCCGCCCGUGCCGUCCGCGCGUGCGCUCGCACCCGCCUGCACGCCGCGUCCGCGAGCUCCGGCGCCCUGCUGCGCGCCCCACCGCGCGCGCGUCGCCCCGCCCGCUGCAAGCCCUGCGGCGAGUUCUCCCGCACCCGCGCGCGCUCCGCCCCGCCGGCUGCGUGCCCUGCGGCGAGCUCUUCCCCGCCCGCGCGCGCCCUGUGGCGGGCACUCCCGCGCCCUGCAGUGCGCUCCCCCCCCUCCGCGCGCCCUGCCCCGCCCUGCUGCCGCGAGCUCUCCCGCGCCUGCGGGCGCCCUGCCCCGCUGUGCGCUUGGCCGUCCCGUGCGCUCGGCCGCGCGCCCGUGCCCCGCCGCGCGUUUGGCCGCCCCGCACCGCACGCCGGCUCCGCGCGCCCGCCUGCGAGGAGCACCGCUGCGCCCCAGCCUCGCCCGCUCGCCGUCGACUAUAG